GAGGGAACAAGUCUACUGAGCGCCAAAUCAUGGAGACGAGGCUCUUUCAUUUACAGUCGCGACAAAUUAUUCAACAAUAAAACCAUGUUUAUGAGUGCUAAUAUGCUUGUUAGUUUCUUGUUAUAUUCGGGCCGAGCACCCAUUUAUUUCAUAGGAUAUGUUUUGGUCGAGUUCUUUUCUACUUGCUAAGAUCAAUUCGAAAUUUUGCAACACGUCAGCAUGCCGGGCACUGAAGAAAAUCCGCACCUCCAAGACUUGGUGAGUCCCCACAGCCUAGUUCCGAAGCGGCAUCGAUUGUACACCGCCGAGGAGUGGGAGGAGGCAAAAAAGGAGACCGGGUGUGAUAGCGACGACCUUUCUGCCUAUCUAUCUGAACUCGACUGUUACUCUGACGAAGAGGCAGAGGAACAGCAUGACUCCGCAGUCGACUCGCAGCUUAUACGUGACAUUCUGGAAGCUCAAGGGCCAGAUUUGGAAUGGCCGGUCGAUGACGAUGAUGACCAGUACUUCUGCGAACAAUGUGGCGAAGAUCCGCGGAAACGCUACGGCGGACCUGAGUUUUUACUGUGUGACCCGGAGUUGCCGUGCAGGUGCUACAGAAAGCUCUGCUUUGACUGCGGGAGGAGUGUGAAAAUGAAUCACUGUUUCAUAUGUGGCCAGGACGACAACAACAAAGACUGUGGAGGUAUAUCGACUGCUUGCUCGUCGAAAAGUGGUUUUGAUGGACUUAACCUGCUGUUGCCCACCGUGGUGCAAUCUCCUUUUAGCAUAUGUAUGACCUAAUGACUUUGAUUUCGCCGGUUUUUUUAUUGUUGAAAUUUCAACUUCUACAGAGCCAUAUAUCGAAACAGGUUCCUGUACCAAGUGCGAGAAGCUGCUCAAGAAUCCGAAACAAGUUUGUCGCAUGGGAGAAGACUGUCCGCUGAUUCAGAAAAUCCUUUACGAGGAGCUUUGUGUGGAUGAUAUCCAAUGCCUAUGUCGCACAUGUUUUGAGCGUGAGUUUUCGCUUCACUUUAAGCACGACUGCUACAUCACACUGAAGGAGGAAGAGGAGCUGAAGUUGUGCUACGAGGUCGGCGACGACACGACUCCGCGCUUCGCAGGGGAAAAGUUUUUCCAGCCGUGUGGACACGCGAGGUGCAGUCUGUACAAGAAGGACCAGUGUCCACGGUCGUCCUGCGAAGAGCAGGCGAUCCUUGCCGAUCUGGAUACGCUGGAGCGGGCGGGGGUCAAAAGUCAAACGUUCGCGGAUUUUGUCAAGCGGCAGAAAGUGAAAAAGUGAAGGCGGCGGACGGCGGGUGGAAAGUCGGUUCGGAGGGCGUGCGGAGGUCUUUUUCUCCAAGUUUCUUCGUUCCUUUCUCAACAAGAAUCUCUGUCUCUCUCAUGUACGAUAUAGAUCGACUUCAUGGCUUUUCUGACAAUACUUCAUCGCUGUCUAAAAUGUAGUGCUACUAGCGAAAUAAUUGGCAUGGCAGAUGAGCCAGAGCUUCCAACCUGAACUUCAACUUUUACUUUUUGGCGCCGCCCCAGCAUUUUUACUGCUUUAUCUCAGUCACGAACUGAGUGAGCGCCUUCUUUGACAACAAAAUAACGAACCACAAAUAUUUUCGGACUGCGGAUCUCCUGGAAACGAAGAUUUUCAUUUUUGAAUAUUGGAACUACUGAAGUGCAAAUUGAUGCAAAACUCUGUGGCGCCAGCAGUUGUCAGGAAAAGGAAAUGCACAGUCGCUAAUCAGCCUGCGAAGCUUUUUUUGCUUCGGGUUUGCACAAUGCCGCGACAUCGCCAUCGUCCUGGCUUCGCCAUCAAAACAACACACCAGCUUUUCGUACCUCACUGCCGAACGAAACGACACUGCAGUGGUCAUUGAGGACCAUUACCAUCGUCAUCGUGGAUGCAUUCAGGGCUUCGUCGUGGUAAGGGAGUCAGGGC